AUGCCAGCGCAUCCCGAAACCGUCGAGGAGUGGUGUCACCUGGUUCCUCAUUUGCUUUCCCCAGCAGGCUGGAACAGCAUCGCCGAAGCGCAGUCGGCCAGCGUCUCCCAUUGCACCUGUCCUUGGGGUGGAAGUUUGGUGAAGCUUGCGGUGCCGGACGUUGAGGUGGAAAACGCCCCGGCAGACCAGUCGUGCGUCUUCGUCCGCCCGGAGUCCCGAGCAUGGGGGGCGAGUACCUUCGCCAAAACGAGCCCCGAGUACUUCGCCGUGCGGGAGCAGCUUGCACCAGGAGAUGCCAUCGUCUGCCGUUGGGCAUCCUUGAAAGUGCUGCGCCUCUUUGCAGUGCUCUUCGGUGAGAUGGGGACAGAGUUUCUGCAGGCCCAUUUUUACAACCCGGCUGAAGCUGCAGAGCUUCGCAUGUGCACUCAGCGCAACUAUCCGCAAGCUGGCGACUGUUCUUCGACCCUCACCAGCCUGUCGGAGCCCUUCGAAGCCAUCAACUUCUGCCGCCCUGCCGGGGUGCCGGGGAUGUUCAACUUGUACCACAUCUUCCGGGUGCCUAAGGUGAUCAAGCUUACGAACUGGGCUACUGCCCAACUGCAUCGGACCAUCGAAUCAGGCAGGAAAGUUGCGCAGUAUUACCUCAACCGGCCGGGGAUAUGCGAGAUACGUGCCUUCGAUCAGCAAUACUACGUUGUUCUCACCAUCCAAAGCUUCAAGCGCGGAAAUCCAAUGAUUCCAGUGUACACAGAUGAAGAUGGCAAAGAUGACAGUGAAGAUGUCACGAGAAUCGAUGCCGGCAAGAGCAUGGGAUUGACAACGUGGGCCCGAUACGAUCCUGCGGAAGUUGGCAGUGAUCGCUUCCUGCUGUCCGGCUACAUGAAAGCCUUCGCGAAUCGCCUCGGCGAAAGCUUGAACUUCUACCAAUCCCUGGAUGGACAAGAGCUGCUCUACUUCCAGUGUGUGGUGUCUCGGGAAGAAUGGUCCCGUGUCCAGGAACGCUUGAAGGAUGCAUACUUGCUCCAAAAGACUGCGUACCGACGUGCCAACGGUGGAGCACAGGCACCGGGACUGAACGAAGGGAGCAAGCCACGCUUCUGCAAGGAUGUCAGCCUCGACUCUCUGGAAGAGCGAAUCAAGGCGGAUGAAGCGGCUCAGCACCAGCAGAAAGUACAGGUGCUCAAGACCUUUAUUGAGAGGGAAGACAGCGAGGAAGAGCUUUUCGAAGUUCGAUGCAGAAGCAGCAGACAUGUGGAGGCACGCAGGCAGACCCGCGCAGAUGUCGCCAGCAAAAAGCAAUCAGCCGAGUCCACGGACGGCACUUGCCGACUUCCGUGCGCUUCAGCGGAUUUCAGCGGCCUGUGUUUGGGCACCAGCCAUGACGUGACGCCAAGAUUUGCUUUCUACAUGGCUGCAAGGGAGACAGCCUGCUUCCAUGCAUACUUGGCGGCUGCUAGGCAAUCGCUUGCGGAUGCCAUGUGCGGGAAUUGUCGACAAGCGGCCGUUUGGCCUUUGGGCACUGGGGUGGGGCAUGAAUUUGAUGAUGCUUUUGUUCACAUUGAUGCCAUAUCAGUCAUCAAGACAGGCGAUGGGAAGAAACUCAACGGCACCGGAGACGGCUGUGAGAGUCUCAGAAAGGACAAGGUUGCGGCUGCGCCCCUGCGUGGGAGCUGCGCCGCCGCGAACUUUCCAUGGUCGCAGCCCCGUGCUGUGUAUGGGCACCGCUUCAAGCUGCCCCAGAAGCUGCCGCAGGGGCUGAGGUAUUGCACGGAGUUCAUCAGCGAGGCAGAGGAGCGGGAACUCGACCGGGUGCUUUCAAGCGGCCCAUGGUUGAGGCACAUCAAGAGCCGCGCCCAACAAUUCUUUGGGCUGGUCUACUACCAGACGACGCAGCAGCUCCCCGCGCUCCAGCCCUCUGAGCUUUCCGCACAGCACGAGGCUCGCUCUAUGGAGGACUUGCCGGAGUGGCUCAUGCAGCGGGUGCUGGCCACUGGUGCUUUCCCGCGGAAGGGUGAAAUCAACCAGGUUGCCGCAAACGAGUACCUGGACAGGGCAGGCGACGUGAAAGGGUCUUCCUAG